UAAGCGAAUAAACUGGUCGCACACUGCACUUGUCCACCACACCCACCACUCUGUAAGAAACACCCAGCGCUCGAAAAGCCCAAAGCGCUACUUCCUUCCGAUCGCGCCAUAAGCGCUAGCUGGCACCAAAGAGCAGGGGGCAAGUGUCUCUCGUAUAGCGCCAAUGGCCUGCAGAUUUGCGGUGCCGCUGACUGCGUAGGCAGCGACGCAGCUUCGGUUGCUUGGCCUGCCCUUGGUCUUGGGCGGGUCACGAAACAUGCUGGAAGCGCCGGAACCAGCCCCGGCGCUUGCUAAGCAGGCUGAGCCGGCGCAGCAGCAGGCGCAAGAGCAGCAGCUGAUGACGGCGGGGGCGAGCGCAGGCGCAAGCGUGGCCGCGGCCGAGGAAACGUUGGGUGGGCAGGUCGCGAGCCCGGCUCGUGACCCACCGGGCGACCUCGCGCCCGACCACCAGCUGCCAGCGCUGCUGCCGCCGCCGCGACCCGCCUGCUCGCGGGCACUGUGUGCCGCAAGCAGCGAGGCUGUAGAUGCCCUAAAGGCGGAGUCCGCGGCAGCAGCAGCAGGCGCAGCAGCGGCAAUCGCGGACGAGGAUAAAACCUCGGCGGGAGCCGUGGCUAAGCGCGAGGCUGCCGGCCUGGCCGCGACGGAGGCGGAGGCCGUCGCUGCCGCAGCUGCGGCAGAACCGCCGCCACCACCACGACCGACGGGCGCAAACGCUGAGGCCAGUGGCGGUGGUUCGAGUGUUGUCGCUGGCACCAGUGGCGAGCACGGCGCGAGGCCGAGCUCGCCGACCCACCGACCCCUCGGCGCCGUCAGCAGCAGCGCCCGCGACGCCGCCGUGCAUCGCGGCAGUGGCGGUGCCGUGUUAGCGGCACACCAGCAGCCCCAGAAGCCGCCGCAGCAGCAGCAAGCGCCAGCGCCGCAGCCGGCGCAUGUGGAGCAGCAGCAACCGCCGCAGCCUGCACAAGCGCUGCAGCAGGCGUCGCUUGAGAAGGAGCAACGGCCGCCGUUGCUGCCCCCUCUGGUACCGCCUGUUGUAUCGCCUCCGCUUCCGCAGCACGAGCAGAGGUCUGAAGUCAGGGAGGAGCAGGAAGGUCAGCCGCAGCAGGCGAAAGCACCGCAGCAACAGGCCUCGCGGCAGCAGCCGCAAGAGGCGCAAGGGGAGGAGCCGAAGCCGCCGCCGGUACCGCCGCCGCCGCCACGCUCUCCGGUUGCAUCUCCUGCUGCGUCGCCGCUGCCGCCGCAGCAGCACGAGCAGCGGCCUGGAGCCAAGGACGAGCGCGAGCUGCGGGAGCAGCACGUGCACCACCAGCAGCAGUGCAAUGAUCGCGACCACCACCACAGCGGCGGCGACAGCUGUAGCAGCGGCGGGUGCGGCUUGCGCGGCAACAGCGGCCACAGUCGAACCGCCGCUGUCGUCGCCGGUGCCGUUGCCGACGGAGGCCUACAGCACACGCACCCAGACGGGGCGCCGCAGGGCGGCUCUCCUGCGAGCGACCUAUAUCGUGGCCCUGGGCCUGCAGGUGUUGCUGGCGGCGGCGGCAGCCCACACGUCCAGCCGCAGCCGCAGCCGCCGCAGCAGCAGCAACCGCAGCAACCGCAGCAGCAACCGCAGCAACACCAGCAACAGCAGCAUCUGCUGGCAGGCGCGGUGGGCGACGGUGGUGGUGGCGGUAGCCAUGUCGGCGCCAGCCCCCGGUCUUUCAGCCCGCGUUGGUACGUGCACGCUGCCGCUCCCAACAGUCCGUGCUUCGGUGCGCCCCAGCAGCAGCAGCAGCAGCAGCAGCAGCAGCAGCAUCAGCAGCAGCACAUGCUGUUGCAGCAGAUGGCGAUGCAGCAGCAGCAAGUGGCGAUGCAGAUGCAGGCACAGAUGCAGGCACAGAUGCAGCUGCAGCGCCAUUUCUCCUACAACCACAGCCACGGCCACAGCUUCCCGUCGCCCAUGGCAGCCUCGGCGCCCUACUACGGCGGCGGGGGCGCGAGCCCACAGCAGCAGCAGCAUCACAUGCAGCAAAUGCAGGCGCUGCAACAGAUGCAGGCCAUGCAGCCCACGCAGGCGUACAUGGGCGCUGCUGGGUACGGCCCGUCGCCGUGGCCGGCGGCGGCGGCGGCAGCCCAGGCGGCGGCGCCGUCCGUCGGCUUUCCGCCGGAUGGACGCUGCGGCGGCGCCAGUGGUAGCGUUGUUGGUGCCGCUGCCACGUCAACCGUCGCCGCCGCCGCGGCAGCAGCAGCAGCAGCAGCUAGUGAACAUUUCUGGGAUGGCGCCUGGCCGCCCAGAGGCAAAUCCCUGACGCGCGCCACAGUCCCUUACGAGCCAGCCACUGCUGCUGUAGCGGCCGCGGCGCCGGACGCUGCCGCCGCUCCGGCGGCGCCCCCACCGUCACCGCCGCCGCUGCCGCUGGCGCCGCUGCCACCUCCGCUCCCACCGCCACCGUCACACUCACCGCCGCCGCUUCCGCCGGUCUCGCCGCCGCCUCUACCAGAGCAGACGCCCCCGCCCGCGGCGCCAGCAGCUGCUAUGGACGGCGGCGGCCCCGCAGCGUCAGCCGCCUGCGCUGUCACCCCUCUGGAGCAGACCUCCAGUGACAGCAGUCCGCUGCAAGCAGCAGCGGCGGAGGCGGGCCGUGGGGGCGGCACCGACCUGAGUGCUCCAGUUGGCGCGUCGCCAGGACAGGAGGGCAAGAGCACGACAGAUGGCGGCAAAGCGGAGAACGGCGGCGCCCGCGACUGCGCCGAAGGCUUGCUUGUGCACAGUGGCAACGCGGGGGCUGCGUCGGCAGCCGCUGACGCCGAGGUUGCGGCUGCUGCUGUUGCUGUUGCUGGUGCUGCUGGUGCUGCAGCUGGUGCUGAUGGUGCUGCUGCUGGCGCUGGUGCGGCUUCCUAUGGUCUCGGACGGGAUGAAGAGACUGCCCAGGUCUCGGUGGUCAGUGGCGCGGCCGGCAGUAGUCCGGGCGACGGCAGUCCGGGCGGCGGCAGUCCGGGCGGCGGCGGUGGCAGCCCAGGCGCAUUGAGCUUUGCGCUGCAGCGCCGCCACCGCGUGUUUGGUGUGGGCGUGGCCGCGCGCCACCAGCAACAAUACCAACAGCACAAGCCAGUGCCGCCGAGCCCGCGCCAGGAUGGCCCGCUGCCGCUCACUGCCGCCGCCUUCCAAGGGCAGCCGCGCGGCAGUGGCGUGGAACAGCCGGCUGGGACCGGCAAGCUGCAGCCAACACCGGCACAGCAGCAACCGCCGGCGCCGCUGCAGGCGCCGCCGCAGCCGCAGGAGACUGCGAGGCCCGUGUGCGCGCAGCAGUCGCCGCCGCGGCCGAGCCCGCGGGCGGCGCCGCAACAGCCAGCCGCCGACACAGCCGCGUUGGCCGUAGCACCAGGACCGGCCCACACACAAUGUGCGGCUGCUCCCCACGCCUCCACGUCCCUUCCCACCUCGUCCAUCAUGGCGGCUGCGCCGUCGCCGGCGCCGUCACCGUCGCCAGCGCCGGCGCCUGCCUAUGUGACGCAAUUCAAUGCCUCGGCACUCGCCUUCUUUACGGCGCGACAGCGGCAGCUGCAGCAGCGACAGCCCGUGCUGCAGCUUGAACAGCUUCGCACAGCCGGCGCGCUGACGCCGCCGCGGGUUACGCCGCGGCAGCAGCUGCUGCUGCAGCAGCAACUGCAGCCGGUGCCGCCGGACCAGGAGGUGCACGUGAGACAGUUCCUGCUGCAGCUGCAUCUGGCGCAACUGCAGGCGCAGCGACAGCAACAGACGCAGCAGCAGGCGCAGACGCAGACGCAGCAGCAGGCGCAGACGCAUCCCCUGCUGCUGCCGCCUCCGUCGCCGUCGCCAGUGGUGGCGGCGCAAGCGAUGGCGCUGCAACCAGCGGCAAGGCAAGCGGCGGUGGUGCAAGGAGCAGCAGCGGCGGCCGCGGCAGCCCCUUCGCCCCACCAACCGCAGCGCUCCCAGCCUCGCUUCGGGCUGCCAGAGUGUGCGGUAGAGGCACCGCCACAGCUUCCCCCGCCAUCGCCUUCUCGGCUGCACUCGCCGAGCUCACCGCGGCGGCCACAGCCUGCUUCUACUGCCGCUACGGCUGCUACAGCCGCUGGCAUCGCCGCGAUGCCGCCGCGGGCCUCGCUGGCCCGGUCCCAGUCGGAGCGGCUACUGCUGCCCACCAGUCGUAGCAUGAUGCUGGUGGGACUGGACCUAGUGCAUUCGCUCUCCCUCACCGGCAGCUGUCCCGCGCCCGCCCUGCCGCCGCCGUCACCGGCAGCGGCGGCUGCAGCGACGCCGGCAGGCGCCGCACCAUGUCCAGCGGCUGCAAAAGCCGCAGCAGAAGCCGCAGCCGCAGGCACGGCCGGGUCCCCAAUGCGCCUUCCGGCGCUGCCCCAGCCAGAGCAGAGUUCCUCGCCACCGCACGAGCCACGCGACACCACCCGAGCACUGCCACACCCGCCCCACCACCCACACCAGCAGCCGUCGCCGUUCCUGUCGCCGUCGCCGCCCAAGCCGUCGUCGCCACCGGCACUGGCUUUGCCCACAACCCCACCUGCCCCAGGGCCGACGCCGCCGCUGGCAGCGCUCCUCACCGCCUCCGCCAGCGUGCCGUCGCCUGCAGCGGCGGCUGCAGCGAUGGCGGCGGUGGCCGCUGGUGGCUGCGCAUCGCCGUCGCCGUCGCCACCGCGACCGGCGACGACGUCGCCGACGCGUCGGCCGUUCGUUGCCCCGCCGCUGGAGGAGAUGCAGCCUGUGGGGGCGCGACUGGUGAUGCAGGGGGCGGCGGCGCUGCAGGCGCUGCCCGGCAUCCGCCCUUACUUUGGCCACGGCGGCCGCGGCCGCGGCCGUGGCGGCAUCGCUGCUGCGAGCGCGGGUGCCGGCGACGGCGCCGUGGCAGGCAUUGACACCGGCGGCGGCAGUCCGUGCGGCUUGAGUGCCGGAGGAGUGGCUGCCGCUGCCUUCGGCGGGCGGGGCACGCAGCAGGGGCAGCAGGCGCUACUGGGGCUGGAGCAGGGGCUGGGGCAGGGACUGCGGCUGGAGGGCGCGGGCGCCACCACCAGCAGCAGCAGUCCCCCGCGCAGCAGAGUUGCGGCGGCCGAUGAGGCAGACGGUGCUGGUGCUGGUGCUGGUGCUGGUGCUGGUGCUGGUGCUGGUGCUGGUGCUGGUGCUGGUGCUGGUGCUGGUGCUGGUGCUGGUGCUGGUGCUGGUGCCGGCGCCGGCAUCGCCGUCUCACCAGGCAGGCGCAGGCGCAGCGGCAGCAGCAGUGCGGAGGGCGGCGGCGAAGCCGCAGUGGGCGGCCAAGGCAACAAAGGCAGCAUGCUUGAUAUUGAAGGCCCCGGCGCCGGCAUGGCGGCUGGCGAAGGCGACGGAACGGGGCCAGCUGUUGUAGGCACGGAAGUAAUUGAGCGCCGCACUGUGGCGAGGCUGCGGGGCAAGGCGGUUGCGGAGGGCGGUGGUGAAGGCGACACGCCGGCCGCGGCGACCGCUUCGGCGGCUUUGCCAGCAGCAGCGGCCGCUGAGUCCGCGCCAGCAGCUGCUACAGGCCCGGCUGGCACGCCUGCGCCCGCCCCGGCUCCCGCCCUUGCUGCACCUGAGGCUGCGGCCGCCCCGGCUCCCGCCCCGCCGGUUCCUGCUGACACUGCAGCGGCCCAGCCGCCGCCACGCACCAGCGCCGUCGUCAGCGCCCCCUGCUGGGAGCACCUGGAGCUCUGGGCGGACAGCAGCAGCAGCAGCCCCGCAGCAGCCGGCAGGGGUGCAGCCAGCAGGGGGUUGGCAGCGGCGGCGCCCGUUGCUGCUGCUGCGGCGGUCACCCCCGGCCGCAAGCCGGCGGCCGGCAGCGGAAAGGAGCGGCAGCAGCCGCACAAGGACGAGAAGGGCGGCAGCAAGCAGCAGCAGGGCGCGUCAAAUCAGGGGGAGCGGGAGAGGGGCGGUAAGGGCAGGGCUGGCGAGGACAAGGGCCGGCGGGAGGAGGAGGGCGGCGGCGAGGGGCGGGCUGCGGCGCCCGCCGCAGGCGGAGGGGCGGCUGCUGCAGCCGGCGCAGCUGCCGGUCCCAAGGGGUAUGUGGUGGAGUGCAAUGGCCUGGUGGGCGUUUUCUACCCAAGCCUUUACAUCAUCGCGUGCAGGUGCCCAAACUGCUGGCGCCCCGCCACCGCUGUAAUUGCCACAGCGGUUGGCGCAACCGCUCCAACAUCACCCGGCAGCCGGUCAAAGGCGGCGGCAGCAGGCAGCAAGCAGCAACAGCCGCCGCCACCGCAGCAGCAACAGCAACAGGCCCGGAGCCGCAGCUAUCGGCCCUUUGCGUUUGAGCAGCACGCAGGGCUGGGUGGGAACAAGAGGUGGAAGAGCAGUGUGCGCAAGGUGGGAGUCCCGGCAGCAGGCGGCAGCAGCGGCGGAGCCGGCAAUGACGGCGGUGGUGAUGGCGGCGGUGGCAGCAGCGGAAGCGGCGCGGGCGAGUACAUGAGCUUGGGAAGGUUCAUUGAGGUCAACAACAUCUUUAUUGACCAGGCCGCAUUAAACAAGUCAGGCACCGCCCCACCGCCGCCGGCACCGCCGCCCGCACCCGAAGCAACUGACUAUGACGGCGCGGAGGCGGCGGCGCCGCUGGUGGCGGCGGCCCUGGCGGCGGCGGAGCGGGCCGCCGCCGCCGCCGUCGCCACAAAGCGAGGGAGCAGUGGCGGCAACGGUGGUGGUGCUGGUGAGACGGCGUGCGGUGUUGGCAACCGCAAGAGGACUGGAAGCACGGGCGAUGGUGCCGACGGUGGAGGCGGCGCCGGUGACGGCGACAACGCGGCCCUCACCGCCCCCGCCGCCAAGAGGGCACGUGUCGCAGCCGCGGAGGCAAAGUCCGGUGCAGCCGCAGGCACUAUCGCCGGCGAUGCUGACCAUGCUGACACUACUACCGCUCCAGCCUCAGGCGAGGCCAAUGCCGGUGGCGCGGACAAGGCGGGCGGUGCAGCAGCAGGUGGUGGGGGGGCCGCCGGUUCCAAGGCGCACACGCGCACGCCAGCAAAAGCAGCGGGCAAGGCCCAGAACAAGCCCGCGGGCGGCGGCGCCGAGGGCACGUCGACGGCAGACGCGGCGGCCGCUGGUGCUUCAGCGGCCACGGCCACACGCGCCACAUCUCGCGAGGCGGCCGCCACUUCUAGGGAGGCCUCCCGACAGGACCCCGGCACCGACCCCGGCCCCGACCCUGGCCCUGGCGGGGCGCCGUCUCACAAGGGCACCGCAUCCAAACAUCCGCAUCCGCAUCAGCAGGGUCCGCCAGCAACAGCGCCGCCGCCGCCGUGCCCCGACCUGCCGUCCUGCUUCGCGGCCAUGAGUCCUGCCCAGCGCGACACCGCCUUCCCGCGCAUCAAACGCAGCGAGCCGCGAGCCGUGCCGCCCGAGCUGCAGGGCCAGGCCAUGGUGGGGCACCGGGUGCGUGUGUACUGGCCCCAGGACCGGGCCUUCUACAGUGGCCACGUGCAAGAGUACAACACCUGGCACCACCGGAACACGCCGUACCACGUGGUGUACGACGACGGCGACGAGGAGUAUCUCAACCUCAACAAGCAGCACUGGCAGCUGGACAAGGACGACGUGGAGCCGCUGCCGCCAGCGCUGCUGACCAGGCUGGCGGCGGCGCUGGCCAGCGGAAGGACGCUGCCGGAGAUGCCGGUGGUGACCCGGCGGGCCGCUGCCGCGGCGGCAGCCGCCGCCAAGGCGGUGACGUCGACGACGGGAUCGCGAGGCAGGGAGGCCGGCCCGGCGGGCGCAGGAGAGGUGGAUGGGCGUGCAGCGACGGCAGGGGGCGCGCGCUCGACUGGGCACGCCGCAGCAACGUCGGCUGCAGAGACGGGUGCAGCGCCGCCGGCGCAGCAAGGGCUGGAAAAAGCGGGGCACGUGGAGAGCGUGCGGGCGGCGGCGGCAGCAGUGGAGAAGCCGCCGGCCGGAAAGGCUCAAGGGGCGAAGAAGGGAGGACGAGCCAAGGCGGCUGUGGAGGGUGGCGAGGGCGAGGCUAGAGCAGCGGCACUACCUGCCGGUGGCGAGGGCUCGGCCGAGUGUGCGGCGCCUGCGGUGCCGCCUGAUGCCGCGGCUGUGCCUCCAGGUAAGGUCCGGGCGGCUGCGGUGGCGGCGGCAGGCGAGCCAGCUGCAGAGGGCACAGCGGCGGCUGGUGUGCCGUCGGCUGCGGCGGCGGCAGCGCCGGCAGAGGGGGCAGGCCGAACUGCCGGAGACGCCGGCGCACAGGAGCUCACACCGCCUGCUGGCGACGCGGCAGCAGCAGCAGCAGCAGCAGCAGCAGCAGCAGCGGCAGGCAAGGCCGCACUCAGCACCCCUGCGGCUGGUGCAGCUGCUGCCGGGGCCGCCGCGGAGUAUGCGGCAGCACCGCCCCACCGCCGUGAUGUGGCGCUGGCGGCUGCGGGGCCGCCGCCGCCGGGGGCCGUCACCGUGAUCGACACGGGGCUAGGGCGCAUGAUGGAGCUGGCACAGCAGCCGCAGUCGCAGUCGCCUGGAGUGGCGCCGGCGUUGCGGCAGGUGGAGCAGCGGAGCGAGGAGCGCUCGGAGGCGGCGGCGGAGGCAGGGGUGGAGGCGGAGGCGGCAGAGGCGGCAGCACAUGGGGGCGAUGUGAAAGCGCCAGGCGCAGAAGAGGAGAGGGGUGUGCGGGGCGAGGAGGAGGCGGGGCGGCAGCUGCAAGAGGAGGAGGAGGAAGCUGAGCUUGUGGAGGAGGGAGUGAAGGAGCAAGAGCACGUGCAACAGGAGGAACAACAGGAGGAGCAGCAGCAGGAGCAGGAGAAGGAGGAGGACCAGGAGCAGGACCAGGACCAGGAGGAGGAACUGGAAGAGGAGGAAGUGCAGGAGGCCCCUGAGCAGGAGCGGCAGCAGGGCGAGCAGGAGCGGCGGACGCAGGAGCCGGAGGAUGAGACGGACGAGGAAACCACAGUCACUGAGCCCGGUGCAGCGUCGGAGCGGGACGCGGCGACGGCGACAGCGGCAGUGGCGGGGGGCGUCGAGGGGCGGCAGGAGCAGGAGCAAGAACAGGCACACGAGCAGGAGGGCACGUCGACUAAGCCCUCUUCGGUUGCCGCAGUGGUCGCCCUAACCGGCUCCCCCCGAGGCACCACGCCGCACGUGCGCAAGCGCGCCAAGCCUGACGCGGCUACUGGCUUGAUCCCCAGCGCCAUCCCUCCUGUUGCCGCCGGCAUUGAAGUGACUGCUGCUGUGGCGACGCGGCCGUACGCCGCCGCCGCUGCCCCAGCUGCGGCGUCGUCGCAGGCGCCGCCGCCGCCGCCAACGGCCGCGCCAGCAGCUGCGGUGCUCAAGGCACGCCGGCCGCGGCCGCCACCGCAGGAGCUGGACGGCUGUCUCGCCGUCACGUGCAGCGGAGUCAACGGUUGGCUACUGCUCAAGCACGCCGUCGUCGCCUGCGACUGCGCCGCCUGCACCGUGGAUGCUAUAGCCGGCGGCGCCGGCGGCGCCGACGGCAGCAGCAGCGCUGCGGCGGGCGCGGCGCAGGCAGCGCCAGCAGGCGGCGUGUGGCAUUGCUGGACGCCGGUAGGAUGGGAGGAGCACGCUGGCAUGCGUAGCAGCAAGAAAUGGCGGAGCAGCCUGCGUGUGGCUGCGCCGCCCGGAGGCGGGCCGGCGGCGGCGGCGACGUCUGCCGAGGGCUCAGGCGGCGCUAGUGGCGGCGGCGGUGGCGGAGGCGGAGGCGGCGGUGCAGCAGGUGGGAUCACGGUGGGCGCGUGGCUCGACAGGCAAGGCGUGGUGCUGCGGGUCCCCAGCAGCGGCGGCGGCACUCGAGGCCGGUGGCGGGAGCUGCCGGCGGCAGAGGUGCGGCGCUGCAUCCGCACACCCGUUCUGGUGCGGCCGCGCAUAUUCCCACAGCAGGAGCAAAAGCGGGUGGCGGGCCAACAGCCGCAGCCGCAGGCGCAGCCCGGCGGCUCGGCGGCGGCAGUGGCGGGGGUGGAGCGCGCCGCUAGCCCCUCCGCCGCCACCACCUCGACCGUCAGCGAGGGCGGCGGCGGCACCGGCGACGCGUCGGCGUCGCCAGCGCGGCGUGAGCGGCUGCACUCGGGUGGUGGCAGCAGCACCGCUGGGCCGGGAGCUGGCAUGGCACCAGUGGCGGCGGCGACGGCCGCGGCGGCGGCCAUGCCAGGCCGCGUCUUGGGCGGCGGCAAGGCGGAUCUGCGGCGGCGGAGCGAGGGUGGCAGCGGCAGCGCAGCGGCGGCGGCGGCCGCCGCACCCGCCACCGCAAUGGUGAGCCCCCAUACACCAAGCGCCUUGGGCGUCACGGGCGCGGCACAGGACGCGGCACUGCUCCUGGCCUCGCCCACACCCGCCCAGGCCUCGGCACAGGCGCGUAAGCGCUCGCUGCCAGCUGGCGCCAUCGGCGCGGCCGCGCCCGCGGCUGAGCCCGCCCCCGCCCCCGCCCCCACAUCCGCCCGCCCGCCCAAGCGACUGCGACUCAGCAGCGGCGCAGCGGAAGCGCAGGAGGCUGGGGGCCUUCCCGCGGCCCCCGCCCUGAUGGACACUGCCGCCGCGGUCGCAUCCGCUGCCGCUGCGGCUGCCAGGGCGCCGCCCCAGCGCCAGGCCCAGGCCCUUGCGCCCGCGCUUGUGCCCGCCCCUGCGCCCGAGCCCGCCGCCCUUGCGUAUGGCCGCGCUCCUCCCACCGCCGCCGCCGCCACCGCCGCCGCACCUGCUGCAACUGCUGCGGCCGUCACUGCUGCUGACGCCAAUGUUGAUGUCGCCCCCGGCAGCGGCGGCGGUGGCGGCGGCGGCGCGGCGGCGCUGGAUGUGGUGGCCCGCGGCGAGGGCUACACCGUGGUGCGCACAGACGACCCGCCGGGGUACGAGGUGUAUGCGCUGGUGUCGGGAUACGAGACGAAUGAGGUGCAGGUGCGUGUGCACGACAGCGGCAGGCUGCGCAUUGAAGCAGUGCCCGCCGACGCCGCGCGUGCCGAGCUGUGGGGCGUGCGGCCGCUGCGUCACGACAUCCGACUGCCGGCGGGCGGCGGCGUGCGCUCCGAGUCGGCAGUGGCGCUCAUGACGCUGCAUGGUCAGCUGUUCGUGCGGGUGAACGUGUAAGGGGCGCAAGCUUGGGUGAGGGUGCAAGCGGGUUAGAGGGUGAGGGUGCGGCACGUGUGUGUAUGUCCGGAAGGCUGGUAUGCGUGUGUGCGGGUGGAUGGCAGGAUGGGGUAGCCAUCCAUGGGAUGGUGUGGCAGGAUGGGGGUGGAGACUGAGGCAGGGCAGGAAGAGGCCUUGAUUUAAGGCAGGCAAGCAGGCGUGUGUGUAUGAACGUAUGUGUGUGCUGUGUACUGCACUGCGGUUCGGCUGAGGCGACCCAACCCUGCUCAUGUCAGAGAGGUUCGACCAGGAACACACCGAGGGCUUUUAAUAUGACGUCCCGUCUUUGUGGAAUCGCAUUCUGAAUU